AUGGGGAGCAGAACAGGACAGCAGUGCGCGCAGCGAUGGCGUCACAAGGUGAACCCGAACAUAAAGAGGGAGAAGUGGACGGAGGAGGAGGACGAGCGGCUGCUGGAGCUGGUGGGGGUGCACGGCAACGCGUGGGCGGAGAUCAGCCGCCAGCUGGAGGGGCGCACAGAUCAGCAGUGCAUGGGCCGCUGGAGGCGCCACCUGGACCCGGGCAUCAAGCGCGUGUCGUGGGCCGCCCCCGAGGACGCCGCGCUGGCCAGCCUGCACGCGCGCCACGGCUCCCACUGGUCCGCCAUCGCCAAGUCCAUCGACGGCCGCACCGCCCAGCAGUGCCGCGCCAGGUGGUGA